CUUUUUAUGGUCGCAACGCCGUACGGGGUAGGUUGAGUGUAUUAUUAAAACCACACACUACUUAAUUGCGUGUUAUUGACACGGUCGUUCUGAACCUCGAAGACCUUCGAGAUAACUGGAAGAGCGGGUUGGAGACACGGUUUGGACAAAUCAAGCCUCAUUCACAAAUGGAGACGUUGCUAAAGAGUGGCAGGUAGACAGUCUGACUUUCCUUCACCUCUACAGCUGCCGGCACGCAGAUAUAUUCCUCCCUCACAGGCACUGACAGCAAGGUAACUACAGCUGUCCACACCUGUCACUCCUCCUCCACACCUCACUGCAAGUGUUCAGGAUGUAUCAGAUUGUUCCGGUGGCUCCUGGGGAGCAGCAGAUGGCUGGAGGAGCUGGUGGUUCUCCACUUAAGAAGAAACUGGCUCAUGAAGGCCGGCCUCUGGUGAUGGCAGGUAUGCUGGGCUGUGUGCUGGUCCUGGCUGCUGUAGUUGCCUGGUGCUACUACUCAGUGUCACUCCGGAAAGCCCACCUGCUGAAGACUGAGCUGUUAGACCUCAACAAGGAUGGUUUUAUCAUCCGCAACCAGGCAGGGGCUGUUAUCUUCACUAUGGCCUUCAGGUCUGGCACUCUGGAUCUGGACUCCUGCUCAAAGGAGAGAAAUAUUCUGAGCUGCACUCAGUCGGAUUCUGGCAAACUCAACUUCUUCAUCCAGACGGUCCGACCAAAGGACACGGUGAUGUGUUACCGCGUUCGCUGGGAGGAGCUGCAACACAAGCACUCAGUAGAGCAUGCCAUGACCUAUAAUGAGUCUCACUGGUAUGGAGGGGCGGAGACGGCAACACAGUACUGGCCUAUCAGGAUCCAAGGGGAAGAGGAACCGCGGCCUUUCAUCACCAGUGAUGUCUACUCCAAUAGAAACGCUUUUGGGGGAAUCCUGGAGCGCUACUGGCUGUCAUCUAAUGCAACUGCGAUCAAGAUUAAUGACUCGGUACCGUUUCAUUUGGGCUGGUCGGAGAAGAACAGCACACUGAGGUUCCAGGCCCGGUACCAGGACUCUUCUUUCAAACCACAAGAAGGACAGCAGGCUUUACCUGAACUCAGCUAUAGAGUGUGUGUGGGGUCAGAUGUUACCUCUAUUCACAAAUACAUGGUGCGUCGGUAUUUCGAAAAGCCCAUCAAAGUCCCGUCUCCUGAAGUUUUCAAACAACCCGUGUGGUCCACAUGGGCUCUCCACAAGACAGCUGUAACUCAGGAGAAACUGCUACGUUACGCCUCCGACAUCACCAAGCAUGGCUUCACAUGCUCCCAUCUGGAGCUGGACGACCGCUACACCGCCGACUAUGGAGAGUUUGAUUUUGACCCGCAGAAGUUUCCCAAUGUCAGCGGCAUGUUCGACAAACUCAGAGAAGACGGGUUUCAAGUGACGCUCUGGACGCAUCCUUUCAUCAACUAUGACUCCAUUAAUUUUGGUGUGGCCGUGGAGAAAGGGCUGUUUGUCCGGGAGCCGAGCGGUGAGCUGCCCGCUCUGGUUCGCUGGUGGAACGGGAUCGGAGGAAUCCUUGACUUCACCAACCCAGAAGCCCGUGAGUGGUAUUCCUCACAACUGCGCAUGCUCAAAAGCCGCUACGAUGUGACCUCCUUCAAGUUCGACGCAGGAGAGACAAGCUACCUCCCCCGUCAGUUCAGCACCCUGAUCCCGCUGUCUGACCCCUCCACCUUCACCCGCCGCUACACAGAAAUGGCCAUGCCGUUCAGUGAGCGCGCUGAGCUCAGGGUGGGUUACCAGAGCCAAAACAUCUCCUGCUUCUUCAGGAUCAUUGACAGAGACUCAGUAUGGGGUUACGAGCUCGGCCUCAAGUCCAUCAUUCCAACUGUCCUGACUAUUAGCAUUCUGGGCUACCAGUUUAUCUUACCUGAUAUGAUUGGAGGAAAUGCUUACCCCAACCGCACCGCAGGUGGGUUAAAUGAUAAAAGUGGUGUGCCAGACAGAGAGCUGUACAUCAGAUGGUUGGAGCUGUCAGCGUUUAUGCCUGCAAUGCAGUUCUCCAUACCACCGUGGGCCUAUGACAAUGAGGUUAUACAGAUUGCGCAGAAGUUCACAGAGCUCCACGAGACUCUGGUGGCCCCGAGGGUUCUUGAACUUGCAGGCGAAGUUCUCAAUACAGGAGACCCGAUCAUCAGGCCCCUCUGGUGGAUUGCCAAUGACGACGAGGCAGCCUAUAAGAUUGACUCCCAGUUCCUGAUCGGGGAUGACCUGAUGGUGGCACCGGUGUUAGAGCCGGGAAAGCAAGAGAGGGACAUCUACCUGCCUGCAGGACGAUGGAGAAGCUACAAGGGGGAACAUUUUGACAAAGGCCCCAUGUACCUCACUGACUACCCUGUGGACCUGGAUGAGAUAGCCUUCUUUACAUGGGUUCACUGAAGACGUCAAAGAAUUAGAGACGCACAAAUUCACACACAUACGUACACAUGCACAUUCUCUUGAGCACACAUGCCAAGAAGUAGCAGCGGAUGUUUGUUUUUCAAAAGGGAAAUUACCACUAGGGAUUUGCUUCCAAAGCUGAGUGCGAUUUAGGUGAAAUUUCACCUCAUGUUUCUUUAUCUGGCCUUCUGUCUGCAGAUUAUAACCCCCCACCCGAACAAUUAGAAUCCACUUCUGAUUCUCUUUUUGCAUCUUGAGCUGAUCCUCAUCCUCAUGUGCCUUUCCAUAGCCAAUAGUAAAACCGAUCUCAGAUUGUAUCACCACCGCAGUCUUCCAUCUAAUGAACAUCUAAUGCUACAAAUGUUCCUCAAAGCCUCAGUCCCCCAGUUAGAAUGGUUUUGGGUUUGGGGACAUAGUUCACUUAAUUUAUUACUAAGUGAAUUUUAUUUCAGGAUAGAUAAGAUAAUCGUGCCAUAAGCUACCUGCCUUGUGGCUGCCGAUGUUGCGCACUGAAGUGGCAAUAAAUGUGUUCUGAGUUGAACAGAGGCACCUUUGUUUAGAGGGCAGGACUAAACAUAUGCUUCUUAACUACCUAUGAUUAAGCUAGAAUUCAUUAACAUUGCACUAACAACUACAUCUAAAUAGUCAUCUAAUGCUUUUUAUAUAAAUUCUUCUUAUUUUUAUUUUGUACUUGGGGAUAGUAAUUGAUGUAUGCAGAUACAUGUGCUUCUGGGUCACAUAAGAGGUACUUGUCAUGAUCAACAAACUGCAAAUGUUUAACAAGUUAAUGUCUCUUGACUUCUUGUGCCAUUCUCUAAAUGCAGUGCCAAAAUCUACAGCUUUAUGCUUUCUUUUCCAUCCGCACAAGUUAAAUUCACUGCUCAGGGUACAUAAAGACACAUUGAAGAUAAACUACUUUUUUUUUUUUAUUCACAGCAAGAUAUUUAUUCUACUACAACUGAUUUGCCUUGUGGAACAGUUAUUGUUCUCAAAGAUGCCAUAUUUUAGUGUGCCGUCCGUGUCUGCCUUGUGACUUUAUUAGCCUUAUUAGCUAAACUAACCAUUGCCAACCUUUGCACAGACGACCCUUACAGUGAGGAAAUCCUCACGUCUGCGCACAGCGAUAGGCUUGAUGCUUUGUAACUUUACAUUUUCUUGAGUAUGAACAUUGCAAAGUGCAUGAGAAGUUUUAUUGUAAAAUGAGACGCCUGAACAUGUUUGUCUGAUCACUAGCACGAGAGUAAAGCACACUACCAGUUGAAACAUCUAAAUGCCUUGCUUGUAAUUAAUUAUAUUAUAUUAAAUAAUACUAUUCCUAUAUGUAGAAUUGCAGUGGGAUUGAUGCAUUUUUCAAAUGAUUCUGCUGCUUUUUGUUGGAUGACAAACUCUUGCUGUAAACUGUCUUUGUGUUGCUUUCCUACCACCAAACUACUAUACAGAGCAGCUUUUAUUAUGAAGUUACACAGCAACACUCCAAAAUGCUUAAUCAUUUGGAAUAACAUUAUUAAUCUUUGUGGCAGGCAGGUAGAGAAACUAGAUGAACAGAUGUUCACAAUACUGUGAAAUGUCAGAUAUGCACCGAUAAACAUCAUUUAAAAGAUUUUGUUAAAACACUGAAUAAAAUAACCAACCAAUAUUUAAUUGUUCAGGUUUUUGUUGAAAUCCAUCCAGAUAUUAUCAGUUUGACAAAGCAGAGUUUGAAAUACGAAACAAAAAGUUUCUUAGAGUUAAACUUUUAUUUUUUUUACUUUAUUUGCUGCUGUGAAGGGAUACUUGCUAAAUGUACUGACUUUAUGAGGGUAGACUAGCAAAGAAAACAAAAGAUAUUGUAACUGUCUUCAUCCAUCCAGUAUAUGUUUAUUUUUGUGUGAAAACUUUAAGUGCCAUCAAGAAAAUCACAAUAUAUAAUCUACAUAUACAGGGUUCUUCAAUAAGAAUGAACCGAUUUCGUUAUGCAAUAUUUUAAUAAGGAAAAGCAAUAGAAAACUCCAGCCAAGUCACAAGUAUUCUAUUCGUAAUCAACUUUUAUUUCCUGUUUUACAAGUAAGUGUUCAAUGUGCUUUCAAUGGUUGCUUUUAUCAUUUGUAUCAACUAACCCUACAGCACACAUAAAAAUGCUGUUUUUGCUGUAUAUGAUCGCAAUGUAAAGUGAUUUUCAGGGUUGAUACAUUAUUGUCAUUUCACUAAAUCCAUCCAGAUAUUAUCAGUACGACAGCAGAGUUUGCAAUACGAAACAAAAAGUUUCUUAGAGUUAAACUUUACCUUUUUUUUUCUUUUUGUCAAAAUAGAAAAAAACAGCCUAAAAGCACCUUUUAAAAAAAAAACAAAGAAUGUUUUUAGUAGGUCUGAGUGCAUUGAGAAAUACAUGAUUGGAACAGAUUUCUUUCUGAUACAGAGCACACACCAUUUUUUUAAAGAAUGUUUUUGGGUCAAAGUUUAUUGAUAGCUUUUGCACUUUGCACUUCAGCAAACAUGGUGAUGAAUGUAAAAAUACAUCAAAACAGAUGCCCAAAAGGUCCAACGGUUGCUUUUAUUAUUCAUAUCAACUAACCUACAGCACACACUUUAUGUCCUUAUCUUUGUAACUGGCCCUCAUAAAAACGCUGUUUUUGCUGUAUUUGAUAGCAAUGUAAAGUGAUUUCCGGGGUUGAUACAUUAUUGUCGUUUCACUGAUAAGAUUUUAAUGUGUAAUCAUUAACAUCUUUUACAUAUUAAAAGAUUGUUUGUUA